AUGGCUUCCCUGGUGGUGGUGGCAAUGGCUUUGCUAGUGGUGGGGUUGAUCAGUUGGGCACCAAUGAGAGCAGCAGCAUGGGUGAUGGUGUUAGGGAGUUUUUCUCUAGGUGAACCCGCCACUGAAGGAACCAGGGCAAUAUUGCGCAUCGUGCAAGCCCGUUUGCACUGCACCGCCGCCCCCACCGCCUCUCCACCACCGCCACCGCCCAAAAGGCGUCGUUCACCUCCUCCUGCUUCUCAUCUUACACCUCCUCCUCCACCUUCUACUUCCACUCUUCAUCCUCCCCCUCCGCCCUCUACUUCCACUACCACGCCUCUCCCAUCCCCGCCUCCUGCUCCUAUCUCCACCACACCUCUUCCCUCACCGCCACCUCCUACUCCUAUUUCCACUACACCUAUUCCAUCUCCGCCACCCCCUGCUUCACCUCAGCCAUCUUCCUCAGGACCAAAGAGAGUCAAGUGCAAGAACAAGUACUACACUCACUGCUAUGGCAUGGAGCUCAACUGUCCUAGUACCUGUCCGGAUCGAUGUGAGGUUGACUGUGUCACCUGCAGUCCUGUUUGCAAUUGCAAUAAGCCAGGGGCAGUAUGCCAAGACCCACGAUUCAUAGGAGGAGAUGGAAUCACCUUCUACUUCCAUGGCAAAAAAGACAGAGACUUCUGCCUUGUGUCUGAUUCCAAUCUACACAUCAAUGCCCAUUUCAUAGGCAAGCGCAACCAAAACAUGAAGAGAGAUUUCACUUGGGUGCAGUCCUUAGGAAUCCUCUUUGACACCCACCAACUCUUCAUUGGUGCUAAGAAGACAGCAACUUGGGACGACUCUGUGGAUCGACUUGCACUUGUCUUUGAUGGAGAACCAAUCUUCCUUCCAGAUGAGGAAGGCGUAAAGUGGCAGCCUGAAAUGUCACCUGAAGAUGUUUCUGUCACAAGAACCCAAAACACUAAUGCUGUGGAGAUUGAAGUGGAAGGGAACUUCAUGAUCAAAGCAUCUGUAGUCCCUAUCACAGAGAAAGAAUCACGAGUACAUAACUAUGACAUAACUGCGGAGGACUGCUUUGCUCACCUUGACUUGAGCUUCAAGUUCUACUCAUUGAGCGGCAAUGUUAGUGGUGUUCUAGGCCAGACAUAUGGUAGCAAAUACGUGAGCAGGGUUAAGAUGGGGGUGGCUAUGCCUAUUUUGGGUGGUGAAAAGGAAUUUGCCUCGUCUGGUCUCUUUACCACCGACUGCGCUGUUGCUCGAUUCAGUGGCCGUUUACCCAGUGGUGAUGAUGCAUAUUCUUUGGAGAAGUUUGAGUAUGCUAACCUAAACUGUGUCAGCGGAAUCGAUGGUCGUGGAGUGGUUUGCAAGAGAUAAACCUAAUCUAAUCUGUCUCCUCCAUUUCUAAACAGCUUCACAAA